CGGCUCCGAUGAGUUUAGGGAUGGGUUCUUGGCGAAGGAAUGGCGCCCGAGGUUCGCCUUCCAAUUCACAUUGUCGCGAUCGCCGCGCCAGGUAGGGAUUCGUGAGAGCUACCCGGUCUCGAAUUGGAUUGGAAAUCCUCCGGAUCCGUGGAACUAGCAGCGCAGGAAGUUUUCGAUCCGAGCUAUGGAAUCCAGUCGGCGGGCAGUCGAAGCAUACAGGCGGACUAGGUUAAUCGAUGGAGUGACCACCGACGAUGAUAAGGUCGCUCCAGUGUAUAAAUUGGACGAGAUCAGCUCAGUUCUUCGCUCGGCGCCUCACGACGUUGUCCACGAAAUGGUAGAGUAUGUCUUCAAGAGAUUGGAGCACAAAAGCCCGCUAGUGAAGCAAAAGACACUGAGAUUCAUCAAAUUCGAAGUUGGAAAAUCUGGAACCGAGUUUAAGAGAGAAAUCCAGAGGCAGUCUGCAGCGAUACGGCAGCUGUUCCAUUAUCAAGGUCAGCCCGAUUCGCUCCGAGGUGACAGUCUCAACAAGGCGGUUCGUGAGACUGCUCGCGAGGCCAUCACUGCCAUGUUUGCGUCCGACGAGAAACCACCGGCUUUGGAGGAAACCAGCAGAAGGAUUGAGGGUUUUGGAAGCACGAACUUCGAUUCUAGAGCUUCACAGGAGAAGAAAACGCUUUUAAGCGAGGUGGUCGACAUAGGCACCGCGUCUAUCAAGCAAGGUUUGACAAUGAUAAGCAGCCACUAUGGUCACUUUGGCAGCAGCAACGGCACGAAGAGCAAGAGCUCUUCCGGAAGCUACGAGGCUCCAAACUUACGUAGAUCGGUAUCGGAGCGAGACAACUUUAAGUACCGGGAUAGCCAUCGGGAUUCUUAUUCUUAUAGCGAGAGUCGGGAUACUUACAGGGAGACUUACAGAGGAGGAGCUUCUGAGGAGAUGUCAUACGAGCAGCCUGAUUCUCCAAAGUCCGAUGCAGCGGACGAGAAGAGUGAAGACGCCAACGGUUUAACGCAAGAAGAGAAACUCCUGGACACGGUGACGGCUGUCGGUGGUGUGCGCCUUCAACCAAGCCGCGAAGCGAUACAGUCCUUUCUUUUGGCAGCGCAGGUGCUGAAUCCUCAGAGGCUGCAUCAAGCCUUUGAGCAAAAGCUACAAGUUCACUCCUGGCAGGUUCGCUUGAAAACUUUGUGUUUUCUUGAGGCUGUGCUACGUCAGAGAGCAGUGAAACCAUUUGGGGAUGUCUCACAACGUUUUGAGGCAAACCAUGCCAGCGUCAUCGACUGUAUGGAUUCGCCACAAAGCUCUCUACGCGAAAAAGCAAACAAGGUUCUUAGCUUGCUUCAAACUGAAACCGAGGAGGGCUCUCAGGUAUUAAACGACGUAAGAAGUCGCCAACCAAAACGCACAGAGCGAGUUGAAAUGCCAGAUUUGAUCGACACAAACGACGAUGAUUCCAGCACUCAUCAGAAAGACGAAGUGGAUAUCCUGAGCUCGUUAACAGAAGCCUCACCAGUCCAGGGCGACUUGCUAGGCGACGGCUUACACGAGAACACCGAAACUAACGGAACAAGCAGCCUCUUCGAGGGCCUCAGCAUUGCCGAAGAGCCGUCAAAAAAGCCAGCAUCAGCCACGAACAUCAGUGAUCUACUGGGAUCUCUGGACACAGGCACUCCAUCGUUUCAGCAACAAUCCAACUUAGAUCCAGGAUUUGGUCAGGAUUUCUCCGGGCUUAUGGGAUUAGAGCCGCAGCCACAGCAGCAGCAGCAGCAGGGAUUGAGUGGAGCUCCACCAAGUUUCGUGUCACCGAGCAUUCCCGGGGGUGCCGAGUUCAUCAUGGCAAACUUCGACGCUGCGAGACGCUUUGCUCCUCAAGCUCAAGCUCAUUAUCCAGGAACAGCACCACCACUCUAUGGUUUCGGACAAGCACCACCAGCACAGCAGCAUCGCUUCCAGCAGCAACAGGAUUUCUCGGGCGGAUUUGGCAUGGGAUUUGGCUCUCAGGGAGCGAGCUUUGCAAGCGACGCGUUCGAUUUUUCGAGCCAUCCAUAUUCGUUAGCUUCCGCAAGUCUUCCCAGAAUGGAGGAGACAACCAAAGCUUUCGACUUCAUCUCGGAUCAUAUGAGCGCUGCUCGCACGACGAAGAAAUGAAGAUAAGAUUGGUUUAUAAUAAUGGGGUGCUGUAUUAAUUUUGAUCGAGUUCAAUGAAGGAUUUGAGAUAAUCUAAUCGGAUGACAGAAUAUUCUCUUGGUA